UAGUAGCGCACACCACUUGUCAACUAACAGUUCUUCUUGCUUGAUCCUUCGUUCGUGAGCUUCGUGGUCGGUCUUCACUAGCUAGAUCCUACCGUUCGAGACGCCGCAGGGGGUGGUGGCAAUGGCGACGCCCAGACGACUGCCUCCGGCCGUCUUCUUCCUCGCUGUCGUCGCGCUGCUCGCUGCGCCGGCCGCCGUGGCGGCCUGGUCCAGGGGCACGGCCACGUUCUACGGCGGCAGUGACGCCUCCGGCACAAUGGGCGGGGCGUGCGGGUACGGCAACCUGUACACGACGGGGUACGGCACGGCCACGACGGCGCUGAGCCAGGUGCUCUUCAGCGGCGGCGCGUCGUGCGGCCAGUGCUUCCAGAUCGCGUGCGACUCCCAGACGGAUGGGCGGUGGUGCCGCCCGGGCGCCGGUCCCGUGACGGUCACCGCCACCAACCUCUGCCCGCCCAACUACGCGCUCCCCAGCAACAACGGCGGCUGGUGCAACCCGCCGCGGGCGCACUUCGACAUGGCGCAGCCGGCCUGGGUCAAGAUCGGCGUCUACCAGGGCGGCAUCAUCCCCGUGCUGUACCAGCGCGUGGCCUGCGUCCGGCAGGGCGGCGUGCGCUUCACCAUCACGGGGUUCAACUACUACGAGCUCGUGCUCAUCUCCAACGUCGGCGGCAGCGGCUCCGUCGCCAGCGCCUGGGUCCAGGGCACGUCCACCAACCGGGUGCCCAUGAGCAGGAAUUGGGGCGCGAACUGGCAGUCGCUCGCCGGGAUCGCCGGACAGGCGCUCACCUUCGGCGUCACCACCACGGGCGGACAGUACAUCGUCUUCCAGAACGUCGUGCCCGUCAACUGGGCGUUCGGCAUGUCCUUCAUGAGCAACCUGCAGUUCUCCUACUGAUCAUUCUCACCCUGCCUGCACUUAGAGCCUAGCUGCAAGGAGGGAGCGAGCACUGACUGCUGGCUAUAGCAUUCUUCAGACCGUCAGUAGAUAGAUUGGAGGAAAGCUCUCCGGCUGGAGCACUUGCAUCAUGUGCAAAUAUGUCCUAAGUUUUCAGUUUAUAUUGUCAGUAAUUCAGACCCCAUGUCACGCUAGCGCCUAGCUAGCCAUGUACACCCUCUCUGAUUAAAAAAAUGUAAAUCAUUUUAGAUUUGCACAAAAGAGUUAGAAGAGUGUGUGUGAAGUAACCAUGUUUACCUUUCCAUCAGUCACUCAUGCACAAACGGGUAGGACUUCAGUCACCCCUUUAGCUUUUUGUUCCACUUUUCUUACUUUGAAAUGCACAUUUGUUCAUUCGAACGAGCUUUGAGUUGAUAUAAUACCCUAGAGAAGACAAUAAUGGAAGAAGUGUAGCACAGCUUACAUUUGG